AUGCCAGACGGUAUUCCAAUUGCCGGAACAAGCACAAACAAUGAUCCUAAUCUAGAACGAGUCAGUGUUAAAAUGCCACCGUUUUGGGCAGACAAACCAGAAAUAUGGUUUUGUCAGGUUGAAUCCCAAUUUACUCUCUCAGGAAUUACUACUGAAGAAACUAAAUUUCAUCAUUUAUUGGCACAACUAGAAUUAAAAAUCGUGGAAAAUAUAUAUGACAUAGUUGCUGCUGAAGAACCAAACAAAUAUACAUUAGCCAAAAAUAGAUUACUAUCUAUUUACAAAGAAAGUUCUGAACGACAGAUAAAAAAACUAAUUAGUGAUGUUGAACUUGGAGACCUUAAACCAAGUCAAUUAUUACGUAAAAUGAAAAAUCUCUCUGGGACAGAUGUUUCAGAAAAAGUUCUAAAAACAUUAUGGUUAGACAAACUACCUUCACAUGUUCGAAGUGUCAUUUCAAUCGUAGAUGGUGAUUUGGAUAAACUAGCCGAAGUAGGUAAUCGAGUAUAUGAAAUGAAUUCACCGCAUGUUAAUAAAAUUUCAUCCACCAAUGAUGACAAAUCUUUAGUUUCCACAAUGCAAGAAUUAUGUGAACGUAUUGCUGCUCUUGAAACAGUACGUAAAAAAAGUGGAAAUCAAAAUCGAUCUAGAUCCCGUUCACGAAGUCGAACACACAACUUAACGACCGGUUGUGAUGCCUCAGAUACUGUUCCAGGUCGUCAACACAGACUUUUUGUGAAAGAUCGCCGGUCAGGUAUUAAAUUUUUGGUAGACAGUGGUGCUGACGUUUCCGUCAUACCUGUCGGUUCUAAACGUGGCGAAUCCACAAAUUUCAAAUUAUACGCUGCUAACGGUACUGAAAUUCCAACAUUUGGUACUACCGUUUUAAAUAUUGAUUUGGGACUGCGUCGAAUAUUCGAAUGGCCUUUCUUCAUUGCAAAAACAUCUAAAGGAAUUCUCGGUGCGGAUUUCCUUAGAAAAUUCGAUUUACUUAUCGACCUAAAAAAUAAAAAAUUAAUAGAUGCGAAAACUAAACUAACGGUUUCAGCCGCUAUCGAUAAAAUAUCACGGGAAGAGGAAGCCUUAAGCUCAUUAAUAGCUGAAAACAAAUUUUCGGAUAUCUUAAAAUAG